CCACAAGCCAUGACGAACUCAAGUGACACAUCUUUGACAGGGCCAGCACAGCAUGUACUCCAAAGGCAAGGCGAAUACGGUGCCCUCGGAUGCAGAGGCACGCGAAAAGCUGGCCUUGUAUGUGUACGAGUACCUUUUACAUGUGGGAGCGCAAAAGAGCGCACAGACUUUUCUUAACGAGAUAAGAUGGGAAAAGAAUAUAACGCUUGGUGAACCUCCUGGCUUUCUUCAUUCAUGGUGGUGUGUAUUUUGGGACUUAUAUUGCGCCGCUCCAGAGAGACGAGACAGUUGCGACCAUUCAAGUGAAGCAAAAGCUUUCCACGACUAUGUCAUUCCCAAUCUUCAGCAGGGGGCUGUGCCAUCCCCGGGAUUCCCUCAGAUGGGGGCAACUGAUGGUCCCCCUGGGGGCUCAAGUAUGCCUGGAGGAAUGCCUCCUUAUUUUACGUCGUCACAACCGCAAGCGUCGCCCCAUCAACCACCUUCACAUCAAACGCCUCAGGGUUACAUGCCAAAUCAGCCCCCUCAAGGAUACAUGACUAAUCAGGCACCCUAUGGCAUGUCAAGAUAUAACCCAGCAGCCAACAGGCCGCCCAAUGUGAGGAUACCAGGCCAGCCUCCUGGAGGUGUGGCAGGUGUACCGGGAGCACAGCCCUUGUUGCCAAGCACCAUGGACCCAACAAGGCAGCCAGGAGGAUAUCAAGGUCAACCCAUGCAGAUGAGCAGAAUGAACCAUCCAAGAGUUCCAGUCCCACCGAACUAUGGCGGAAUGCGACCUCCUCCAAACAGUUCAGUAGCACCAGGAGUCAACAUGCCAAUGCCUGGCAGUAGACCCUGGAAUCCCACAACUUCGGUGUCAGGACCCCCUGGAACGCCGAUCAUGCCCAGUCCACAAGGUUGGUAUUACAUGAAUAAGUUUAAAACUCGCAUGUCAAAAAGGUUUAGUCACAUUCAUGAAGUUACCAUGAAGUCAGGUUUGGCAAUAUACAGUGUUCACAGGUUCGAUGCCAAGCAAGAUAAUCAGAAUGAUCACAACCCCGGUACCCCUGGGGAAGGUGAUAAUCAGUUCAGCACUUUACUGCCUUUCUCGCAAGACAACGAUCACUGCGAAUCCGUUGCGAUCUUAAAGAUCAAAGAAAGCAUGCAAGAGGAAGCUAGAAGAUUUGAAAAUACUGACGGAACGACAACAGAUCAUCAAGGCGACUUCUUCAUGCAAUAGCAGCCAGAGAACUUAUGUCUUUGUAUAUUCAUCAUCCGCCAUUAUCAGAGGAUUUGUAGCAAACCACAGUACCGAGAGGUUUGGACUCCACAGUUAGGAACAAAUCCUACAGUCAGUCAAACCUUGCUUAUACUAAGGACCCGCUUUUCUUAUGCUCUGCGGUUUAGCGUUUUAAAUUUCGCGCUUGACUCCGUUUGCUUGACUGCAGCGCUUAAGAUAACGAGGAGCCUACAAGGGCCUGAGCAUAAAGAGCUCUCACUUCGCGGUCUCGGGUCUUCCCUCGCUGGAAAGACGCUCGAGACUGGACCCGAAUAAUUCCUUGCUGAUGACGUAGCUCUACAGAGAUCCGUGUAGCGUCUCUGAUUGCUUGUUUCUCGGUUUUGAAUUUUCGCGCGCAAUUUAGAACCAAUCAGAGAGGCUACACUGAUCUCUUUAAAUCUACCUCAUCACUAUGGAAUUAGGGAGCUUAAGCAAACCACGACGACGAUGGAAACGAGAACGUCACCAAACAAGAGAUGUAAUGGGUAUAACAA